UACAUGGAUUGGAAGAUGUGUUCUAUGAUAGCUAUAGUCUUUAUCAACUUGUAUUUUAUGAACGGAAGUGCUUCAAACGUAACUAUUACGACAACCGGUGGACUUAUGCAUAAUGUUUCACUGUCGAAUUGUGGAGUCUUUGCAAACGAAACAACAGAACUCAAAUUUGAGGUCAGAGGUUGUAGGGACGCUCACCUUCGUUUAUUAACCCAGAAAACGCAAAUCCCUCCGUACUAUUUGAUUUUGAUUGGUGGCUGGCAUAAUAACAAGUCAAUACUAGCAAGACAUGCCCACUAUUACCAGGAAGUUGAUAACGACUUUGGUUAUGGUGAAAUGAAUUGUUCGAACUACAAAAAAUUCAUGUUGUCAUGGAGCGGAGGAAAGAUACAAGUCGCACGAGAAGAUAUCAAUGGCGAUCUAUUGUUGUCUUAUGUCGAUCCUUGUCCAUUUUUUAUACAAGAUAUACAGAUUAACACAGAACACGAAGGACACAUAGAGUGGAUUAUUCAAGUACCAGUACCGACUUCUAUCCAAUCUGACCCAGUGGAAUCAAAAGUUGUUGACGGCAUGUUUCAUUUUGUUACCAAUUGCCCUACCUUCCAAGUACUAACGACAACAACAACGGCAAAUAUAAAUGAAUGUGCGGCUAUUUGUAUGUGGUCAUUUGAAUGUUCAGCCUUUGAAUUCGUUAAUAAUGGUGGAGGAUGUGAACUAGUAUCCAAUAUUGCUGUAGCAAAGACCUUUUCAUCUUACUACAUGAUCUUAAAAUAGACAUUAUGAAACAAAAUCGAAGAUUUUAUAUAUUUAUCUUCUUUGAUAUAUUUGAGAUAUUAAAAAUACAAAGGAUUUGAUAAAAUUCCCACAUAAUUUGCAAGUUUUUGCAUUUGUAUGGUAGACUGGGGCUAAAGAAGAAGAUUUUUUCACUGUAUAUUUCGAAUUUAUCUGCAUGUUAAUAAAAUAAAUGAAGAAGAAAAACAAAUAUGACAAAUUCACUGAUAAGACAUAUCUUUAGU